AUGACGGUCUUCACGAGGACGGUUCUCUUCAUGACUUCUUGCCAGCGAUUGCAGCCACGUUCUCCGCAUCAUUGUAACAGGGAUUCCAACGUGUACGUCGUCGAGGAUCAAAGAAAUAGGGUAGACCCGUUGAUCGAGAAAAUUUUCCGAGCACCCAGCGAGCGAAGAAACGACGCGAUUAGCUCGAAAUGCAACAUCGAGACUGAACCGGGUAAAACGGCUGUCCAGGCUGAAGACGCUAGCAAGAGUGCGCGCGUGAAACGGGACAACUUGGUUAAAAAGAGCAAUUCGAGGAGCUUGAACGAGGCUGCAAAGUCCGACGAGAAGCGGUCGAUCCCUCGCAAGGUAGCCAAACUUACAUCGAGAAUCGGUCGCGCCUCCAGAGAGUCUGCGAAGCUUCCAGACAAGGAUUACGAGGUCCCAGUUGACCAGGACAGGUCCGAGUACGCGGACGAGGCUGAAGAGGAGCCUGCGAUUAAUUCGAAAAACAAGGAAACCAGGUACAAAGGUAGCGAAACUCACUCGAGCGAAGACUCAGCGGGGUUCAUCGAUCAGGAAGAGAGGUCCAGCUUGUACGAUGACUUCGAGACGAAGGACGUGGUGAAGAGAGGAAUCUCCGGGGCCGAGGAUUACGAAGAGAUGGACGAAGAAGCUGCAGGUGGUGCCGAGGAUUCUGCGAUCUUGGAAGACAAUCCGUUGGACGAGGAAGCUGAAAAGAGGAUGGCUCGUGGGGACGUUAGAGUGAAGAGGGAGUACGAGAACUUGAGAGAAGCUGAUACCGUGGAGGCUGCUGGGAAAUCGGAGAGUUCUGGAACAUCUGCUGACUCGUCUGGUGAUUCCAAGGCUGCAGAGACACCGUUGAAACGAGGUGCUGGGUCUGAAAAGGAUAAUACUGUAGUCGAGAAUCAGGCGAGCAAGAUGGACAAAGAGUCGAACGAUCAGGAAGAGAACUCGAAGAGAAACGUACCCGAGAAGAACGAGAGUGACAUGUCCAAAGUAAAUUCGGACAGAGAAACGGAUGGCACGAAGCAAUCUUUGAUGGCGAACGAUCAGACUGAAAUCGAAAGCGGUGAGAGUGGAAAGUUGCAGAAUCAGGAGGGUCAGCAGAUCGCAGACCAGGGGAAAACGCAAGAAACUAGCUUAUCUGGCAACGGCAAGGUGACUAAUGAUUUGGCCAGUGAUUCCUCGGAUCUGAAGGGGACCUCGAAAGCAGAGGAGUCGAAAAUUGCCGACGUGGCGAAUAAGGAGACUGCAAAGGUCGAUGUUCCUGCAAACGUUGCGGAAACGCGUAUUCAGCGGAAGAUCGAUUCGAUCAAGGAGGAAAUUAAAAGAGAGAUCGCGGAGAAACGACGCAUCAGGGACAUCGAGGAGAACAAUGCGAAAUUCGAUGAACUGCACGAGCAAGAAGACGACGAUGACGAAGAGCAGGCAUUGGAGGCUGAAGCGGCUGACAAACGCGACGUGUCCAAGAGAUCUGUUCGAAAUGCCGGUAAGAUUGCGGUACGGGACAAAGCUGAGAAGCCGUCGAUAAAACGAAAGAAGAGGCAGGGUGACAAUGGUCCAGAAAAGGUGCAAGGUGCGAGCGAUGCAAAUUCGAGCAAGAAACCUCGUCAGACGACGGUGAAGAAACGAUCGAUGACGAAAUCGCAGUCGCAAACCCCGAUUGUGAACGAGGUGCCGAUAAAACGUCAAUACCCGCGAGAGAUAUUUCUGGUGAGGAACGACCGGAAGAAGAAGAGACGGAGAAGAUCCAAGAACCCUAAUCUGAUUUCGGAUCAGCGCACCGCCAAGUUGGAGGAUAAUCUGCCAGGUGAUUUUCCUUUGGACUCGAGCUUGCGCGGGGGCCUUGGUGAUGCAAAGUCGAGCGCGAGGAAGGUUAACGAAGACGAGAAAGCAAUAGCGGAACACGAAUCCAUGUUGGAAAAGAAAUCCGGCUCUGUGGCCUCACUGACGGGAAGUAACGAAGUGCUGGGUCCAUUAGCGACAGAAUACGGAGAUGCGUUCGGUGGUUUGAACAACGAACCCGGGGUGGCGUUAGCUAGGUUUAAGAGAAUCAAGCGAGUCCUUCGUCCUCCAACUUCUAAGAUGUAA